AUGGACUGCAACAAUCGUGUCAUUCUGAACGUGGGCGGAGUGCGACACGAGACGUACAAGGCCACGCUGAAGAAGAUUCCAGCAACGCGUCUGUCGCGUCUGACCGAAGCCCUUGCCAACUACGAUCCCGUUCUCAACGAGUACUUUUUCGAUCGACACCCGGGGGUGUUUGCUCAGGUGCUCAACUACUAUCGAACCGGGAAGCUGCACUACCCGGUGGACGUGUGUGGACCGCUGUUUGAGGAGGAAUUGGAAUUUUGGGGGCUGGACUCCAAUCAAGUGAGUAAUUUCAUUGCAAUUUUGGCUAAAAAUCCGACGUUAAUUGAGUCAACGCCACUAAGCAGGCAUUCGGACACCAAAGCACUGGAGAUAAGCACAGUGCAGGCACGGAAGCAUCAACUGUUCGACCUCUGGAAGUGUUAG